GUUAACGUCUGAGUAUAGGGGGACGUCUACUCCUACUUUUUCAGAAACUCUUUAUUUAUUUAGGCCUGCAUAUCCAAGAUGAGGCGAGCUAAAGGCAUUGGCGCUAUAAACAAACAGAAAUUGGCGCAGGCCAAGUACAAGGACAAGGGUAGCGAGAUAGCAGAGGACCAGCUUAGCCAGAUGUCCAAGAUGCUGGAGGCCUUCCGCACCAACCUGGAGGAGUUCGCCACUAGCCACAAGAACGACAUCCGCCGCAACCCGGAGUUCCGAAUGCAGUUCCAGGAGAUGUGUGCCACAAUCGGGGUAGACCCACUGGCUUCUGGCAAAGGUUUCUGGUCUGAAAUGUUGGGGGUGGGCGAUUUCUACUACGAGCUGGGCGUGCAGAUUAUCGAGGUGUGCCUGGCGACACAGCAUCGCAACGGGGGCUUGCUGAGCCUGGAGGAACUACUGAAGAAAGUGAGGGCCACGCGGGGGCGAUCAAAACAGGCACAGGAUGUCAGUUUAGAUGACCUGAUGAGAGCCAUUAAGAAGUUGCGAGUUCUCGGCAAUGGGUUUGCCCUGCACAAACUUCAAGAUGGCCGCUACAUCGUCCAGUCUGUCCCCGCAGAACUCAACAUGGACCACACAAGUGUACUGAAUCUAGCAGAGGGCACAGGUUACACAUCUUUCACCAAGUUAAAAGAGCAGUUGAAAUGGGAUGAGGACAGAGCACAUCUUGUUAUGGACCGUAUGGUGCAGGAAGGGCUGGUGUGGGUAGACGACCAGAACAGAGGAGAGCGUUUAUACUGGUUCCCGGGUCUCUUUCCCGACACAACUUGAUGCAUUCAAGAAUUCCAAGGGGCGCCGUACUACUGAAAAGUGGAAUGGGCAUUGUACAGUACUGCAUUAGAAGUCCGGUUAAACACUUGGAUAAAACAGAAACCUUGUAUCCAAGGCACCAUUGAUUGCCUUGAAAGUUCUGGGGUUCCACCAGUUUUGGAUAGUUUCAGGAGACAUUGACCGUUUGGUUAGAGAAACUGGUACUUGUUUUCCACAGUGAUUCAAGGGAACAUGUCAUAUGACCGCAUUAAACUAUACCUCGCACCAGAUGGUCACAAUAACCACAGAUUGCCACAAGAGAAGUGAACUAAAGGACUACGGAUAUAGGCUCACCUUGUACAACAUUGAUCACAUGAAUUCAGAUCACGUUGGCAUUUUCUGAGGAAACCGUGUAAAUGUGCCAAAAUCCCACACAAAACUUUUCAUUUUGGACAUUGAGACCAGUAAUUCUGUAAAGGCAGAUGGACCUUACAGUCUUGUAUCCCUGAAAAAAGUAAACAGCCUUGGUGUAGAUUUUGUUGAAUCAAGAGUGGUCAUGUUCAGCGUAAUAGUGGCAGAUUUCGGAACAUCUGUGAGGUACAAGCUUCAUAUUUGAGGUGCCCGGAGUUCCAAUCUUGAGGCAUAAGGAAUGGUCCAGUUACCUUUAUUUUUAUUAAAAGCUGGUCAUACAAAAGCAUUUAGAAGUAACCGGUUUGAGGGAAUUGUCAUCAGAGUAUAGGCCAUCUGAGAGCUGGAAGCAAAAGAGGAAACUGGUGCGGCCAAAAUUUAUGAAGUAAGCACAAAUUACCAAGAGUUUCCAGUGGACUGGAAGUAAAGUUACCUGUUGGAAGUGUGCUCAUGAAUUUCUUGGCAGUUGACAUGUCCUGAGCACUUUAGAAAUUGGAAACUAUGAUAACUUAAAGAGACUGGUUUUUGCUUGGAAUCGUACCUAAUCUUCAAGGUAUCAAAUAUCGCAGUCCCUUCUUUGGAACCCAAACCUGUACCUAUAUUGUCCAUUUUCCCCUUUUCCAAAAAGGACCGUGUUUAAGGUUCCUUAUAACUAUCAAGGAACUACCUUUUAAAAGGAUAAUUAUAUACUGUAUCAUUGUGUAAAUAAAUAAAGUCAUAAUAGUCUUGUGGCACUUUAA